CUCUUGGCUCCUGGGAGUUGAAGUCCAAAACAUCAGGCAAGCCAAAGCAGCUCGACGUCUGGUUUAACUCGCAAGGGCAGCCCAGCCGACACCUUGGAAAGGCUUUCCUCCCUGCCCUUGCCGGGCUUUGACUUUCCGACACGAGACAGGAGCUUGCCUCACGUACACAGGAAGCAAAGGGUGGAGAGAAGCGGAAGGAAGGAAGGAAGCCAGGCAGGCAGGCAGCCAGGCGGUCGGCGUUGCGCUCUCUGUUGCGUCUUCUCCCUUCUCCUCCUCGGAGCGGCGGCGGCUGGCAGAUCCUCCCGGAAGGCUGCCUCGGGACAUGGGCGAUGUCUCCAUCCCUCUGCCACCUGCCCUUGCUGGGUCCCGCGUGCAUCCGAGCGGCCCGGCCUGCCCUCGGUUUCUGGAAGGGGAAAGCCGGGCCCUCCGACCUCCUGCCGCUUCUUCUUCCGCUGCAGAGAGACCGAGGCCGCCGGGGCAUGGCUGCCGCCUCCUCUCCAGAAGCCCCCGGGAAACACCAGCUAAAUGGAGGACUGAAGAAGACAGUUAUUUGCAUCGAGGGGAACAUUGCAAGUGGGAAAACAACAUGCCUGAAUUAUUUUGCUAAAAACACUAGGAUUGAGGUGUUGACUGAACCAGUAUCUAAAUGGAGGAAUGUUCGUGGGCAUAACCCUUUGGGCUUAAUGUACCAAGAUGCAACCCGGUGGGGGAUAACAUUACAAACAUAUGUGCAGCUUACUAUGUUGGACCAGCACACAAGGCCGAUGAUUUCUCCCGUAAGAAUGAUGGAGAGGUCAAUUCACAGUGCAAAAUACAUUUUUGUAGAAAACCUGUAUCGAAGUGGAAAAAUGCCAGAAGUGGAUUAUGUGGUAUUGACAGAGUGGUUUGAGUGGAUCAUAAAAAACAUGAAUGUUUCAGUUGAUCUGAUAGGUAAAGUGGAGAUUUGUUGUUACUGUUUUUGUUUUACAAUGAAUGCAUUUCUACACAAGGAAUAUUUAGAAAGCAUUCAUCAGCUCUAUGAAGACUGGCUGAUAAAGCAAACACUGUUUAAAGUUCCUGCUCCAGUGCUUGUACUUCCAGCUGAUCAUGACCUACAGGAUAUGAUGGAAAAGUAUGAAGAAAACCAAGACCGAAUACUAACCCUGUGCAAUAUGCAGCAUCGUCUGUAGAAAUAGAUGCAUCAUAUUAUGUGCAGUUUAGUGAUGUCUCAGGUUGUAGCACUAAUCUGAAGACCUAUGCGUUCUACAUCUGUGAGUUUCUGAGCUUUUGUCCCCACAUGAAGGUUGAACAACUGAGAAGGCCAGCUCUAGGGCUUGUGAGCCCUUGGCCACAUUCCAAGAGGUUCUCUGGAUUGGGGCCUAGGACCAGGAUGAGUUUCAAAACAUCUUUUGUGUACUACAACUCCCAGGAUGGCCACUUAGUGUAGUGGCUGACCAUGCUGACUGGGGGAUUUGGCGGGCUGUAGUCUAAAAAGAGAAUGGUUUUUCCAAGCCAUGGACCUUCAUAAAACUGGAUCCUUUCAUGCAUCUCUGAAUCUUAAUGAGUUUUCGUUUGAAAACCCAAGAGCUUCAAGUGCAGGAAGUCUCCACACGAGGGGAUGGGUUUCAGGUGGAAAUAAAACUUGCCUGUGUCGGCUCUUUUCUACCCUCUCCCUUUAUUCUGUACUUCAAAUACGUUUUCUGCUCAGUCCCCAAACAGCUUUAUGAAAUUAAAAGAAAAGUGUAGAGGUUUGUCUGAGGGAUGAUGUCUAGGCGGAAAAACCAAGAAGGAAAAAAACAACAACUGAGCACAUACUAUAGGUGUCCCUAGACUUACCAUAUAUUUCUCUCUCUAAAUAACAUGUUUUCUGUAAGCUAGUUUUUAACAUAACUCUUUUUUUUCCUGUUGGAUGAAAAGACAUUUAAAAUUUGCAUGUUUCCCCCUCUUCUAGUUAUAUAUAUUGUUUACUCUUGUUACUACCAAAUACUGUGUGUUUUUACAGUUUGAUGCAAAGUCUGCUUUUUGAGAGGGCCUGUGUAAAAUGUAAUACAUGUAUAAGUCUUACUGUUAUUCAAUCAUAAUCUAUUUGAAGAAAAGCUGGGAGGUAGCGUUGCCAAGAAAACCCAUAUAGUACCAAUAGAUAAGUGGUUUUAGAGACAUUGUGUUUGUCUUUAACUUAGAAUUUUUUUCCUUUUGCAAGUGGUAUGUACAGAUUAUAUCAGUCCAGAACACAAUUUGUGGUCAUGUUCAGCCUCUUUGGGUAACACUACAGGACAUCAGUUCUGUCUUUAUUGUGAGUUUUUCCUCUUGUUACUGUUAACCACAGAAUCACUGUGAUUAAUUUCUCAUCAGUGUGCCUCCGCUGAGACAAUGUGGUAUAAUGGUUAGCCUGUGUAAGGCCACUUCCAGGGGUUGGGGCUAUGCUCACAAACCUCUGAGGAUUACACCAUUACCCCCAAAUUAAUGUUCUUGAAAACAUUUUUAACUUAAUACAUUUAACAUUUUUAAAACUAAAUGUGUGCUCUUGGUCCCUCCAGGGACGUUUUUUAAAAAAGAGGAAUUUGGAAAAAAUGUGAGGUACAAGGUGAUCCGGGGUCCUGGGAAUCGCUGAACAAGGCAGAAUUGCUGUCUGAUGUGGGAAGCACAUGAGGGUCUGAGUUAAGAAAUUUGAGUUCCUGUGGGUUUUUUUUGGGGGGGGGGAGGGCUUAAAUUUGGCAUCUGGAGAGUCAUACGCAACUAACUCAUGGACCAAAGACUGAGUCAGAUUCCUGUACCAAGAUGUUGGAAACCCACUUGGUCGUCAAACUCACUGGAUGUCCUUGGACCAGUCACUGUCCCAGUCUGAUCUACUUUACAAGAUAGUUGUUAGGGUAAAAUGAGAGAGAAACACAUAUCUCCCUGAACUCCCUUCUAUAAACAUUAUAAUCACUCCUCCUAACAGGUAACUCUGGUUGUGCAUACGAACAGCACUGUCGGCAAAAUGGGCCAACAGAAUCAAGGGGUGCUUAAUAGGGCCCAAAUGAUGUUUGGAAAAAGAAUUUUUUAAAAGAAAAAAUCAGUGGAACAGUAUCCCCACCCCACGCCUGCAUGCUUAGUAGCUGCAGAAUGCAGACUGAGAGUUUGAAAUGAAAAGAAGAUGGGGAAGAGUAGAAUGGCUUGCUCAGCGAAGCCCCCAACUGGAGUAUUCCUUUUAGGAGGGGAGACUACCCUGUUGUAUUUUAUUGCAGGACCCACUUGUUCAUUGUAGCACUGCCUGUUUGUGUGAUUGGAGGCUUUAAGAUACACUGGAUUUCUUUAU